UAGCUGGUUUUUUUUUUUUGCAAACGGCUAAAGGGCCUGCGGGUUUAUUAUAAGGCGGAGCUCGUCGGCAGAGGUGCAGGCUCGCGCGGAGCUGGGCGGCGGGAACCGGGCAGUCGGAAGCGAUCUCCAGCGGGCGGACUUCACCGCCCUCGCCCGGGACAGCAGUCAGCGCGCUGGGCCAGGAGCCCGCGAGAGCCGCGCGCGGCGCCACCAGCGGAGCCGGCCGGGAACCCCGCGCAGCUCGCAGCCCCGACCCGCGCAGCCCGCCGAGCUCCCGCCGCCGGUCCGGGCAGCAUGAGGCGCGCGGCGCUGUGGCUGUGGCUGUGCGCGCUGGCGCUGCGCCUGCAGCCGGCCUGGCCGCUGACUGUGGCCACUAAUGUGCCUCCUGAAGAUCAGGACAGCUCUGGAGAUGACUCUGACAACUUCUCCGGCUCGGGCGCAGGUGCCUUGCAAGAUCUCACCUUGUCCCGCCCAUCUUCCUCUACCUGGAAGGAUGUGUGGCUUCUCACAGUCACACCCACGUCUCCAGAGCCCAUAAGCAGGGGUGCCACAGCUCCCUCAACCUCCAUGGUGCCGGCCAUCGAGAGGCCUGAGGAGGGAGAGGCAGUGGUACUUAGCAAAGUGGACUCUGACUUUACUGUCGGGGAGAAGGUGGUCACCACUGAGCCCAGGGAGACCACACAGCUCCUGACCACCCAUCGAGCCUCAACAGCCAAAGCCACCACAGCCCAGGCCUCCGCCACCUCCCCUCCCCACAGAGACGUGCAGCCUGACCACCAUGGGACCUCAGCACCUGUAGCACCUGAGGAAGUUGACCUUCCCAAAGUGGAGGAGGGAGGUCCUUCUGCUACUGAGAAGGUGGUUGAGGAUGGAGCCACCAAUCAGCUCCCAGCGGGAGAGGGCUCUGGGGAGCAGGACUUUACCUUUGAUACAUCUGGGGAGAACACAGCCGUGGUCGCCAUGGAGCCUGGCCUUCGGAAUCAGCCUCCCGUGGAAGAUGGGGCCACGGGCACCUCACAGGGUCUUCUGGACAGAAAGGAAGUGCUGGGAGGGGUCAUUGCUGGCGGCCUCGUGGGGCUCAUCUUUGCCAUAUGCCUGGUGGGCUUCAUGCUGUACCGGAUGAAGAAGAAGGACGAGGGCAGUUACUCCUUGGAGGAGCCCAAGCAAGCCAAUGGCGGCGCCUACCAGAAACCUACCAAGCAGGAGGAAUUCUAUGCCUGAUAAGAGACGGCUCUCCCCCCGGGGCCCCCCCGCCACUCACUAGGCUCCCACUCGGCUCUCUGUGAAGAACUGUAGGCCCUGGCCUCCCCACCACCCGUGCCACCUCCCCAGCCCUCUGACCCCUCCAGCCACCCAUGCGGUUUCCUAGGGUGUGCUGGGGCGCCCACUCCGCUUCUCCAUCUUCUGCCUCGAGGCUUGGGUGCAAAGGGUUUCUCGCAUCUGACCUUCCCACCACAGCCACACACAGAGUCCCACCAUUCCAACCCAGUUUCUCCAAAAGAGCGACCCCUCCCAGACCUCGCUCUGGUGAGAAAGAGGACCCGACUGCUUUGGACCUUCAUGGCCUGCUGUGUGGCUGGGGCAUUCUGGGGCCCAGGGAGGCUUGGCUGAGAGACACCAUAGCACUUACUGUAGAGACUGGCUGUGGGUGUGGCCGGGUGGUUGUGAGUGGGCAUCCAGGGCCCCUCAGAAUUCACUUUGUGUUGUGGGGAGGUCUGCUUUAGAUACCAACUUGUUUUUGCACAUGUUUUCCUUUAGUCUCUCUGUUCCUAGCCCCAGUAGACUUCAUUACUUCCGGGGUAAGUUAAGUCAGUUGAUUGGUGUCCCCCAUCUUGCUUCCUUAAUCUACAUUUGGGAGACAGCAUCAGGGUUAAGAAGACUUUGUUGGUUUUUAUUUUUUUUUGUUUGUUGUUGUUUGUCUGUGUGUUUGUUUAAUUUUUUUAUUUUAUUUUUAUUAACUAGAAGAACCAAAUCUGGAAGCCAAAACACGUAGCUUUAGCAUGUGUGUUGUCUCUUGAGCUUAUCACUCAUGUAUGCAACAGGGUAUGGACAAAAAUGUUUGGUGGCCCCAUUUUUGGUGGUCCCUUGGUAGGGUGGCCAGUCCAGGCUGCCCUGGGGUGGCCAUCUCUUCUGCGCAGUCAGAUCUGUGUCCAUGAACUCAGGGCCAUGGCCGUGGCCUGGGCUGCUGUGAGAUGUGGGAGCUGCCGAUGUGAGAAUUGAAUCCUGGCACUCAGGCUGGAGAUGGAGGAGAUAGGACCGUGGGGUGGGUGGCAGGUUGGCCAGGGACCCAGAGACUCUCUUGCCUUUGGCACCAUCUCUGGGGAUGUCUCCCCUCCCCCUCCCGGAAGUAGACAAGAGGCAUUUGGGGCAUAAUUGGCACUGGCUCCUCCCAUCAAGAACCAAGUUCUCCGUUCCUCCAUUCAUUUGCUCCUGCAGCCCCACCCUGGGCUGGAGUCAGGAAUGUUUCCCAAAGAGCGAUCGUCUUUUGCUUUUGGCAAAACUCUACUUAAUCCAAUGGGUUUUUCCCUGUACAGUAGAUUUUCCAAAUGUAAUAAACUUUAAUAUAAAGGAGUCAUGUGAA